AUGAAUUCAAGGGGCAUCAGAUUAUGGGGGCCCUCGCGCCAUAGCCGGUAUAGCAAAAGAAAUUUUAGGCGAGGCCAAAACAUUUUGCCUUUCACCCACCGCGGGAAUAGAUGUGGGCACGGUGUUUUUCCACCAAACGUGGGAACGGGGUGGAGUUGCCGAGGCUUAAACCCCUUUUCGGAAGCCCGGGGUUGCAAAAGCAGAGAGCACACCGAUGUUGCGCAAGGGUUGCCCCCAAUCGGCGAACGACGUCGCCAUUAUUCCCGAUCUGAACCGCGACCCGUACGUCUUGGCCCUCGCAUCGGGGAAAAACAGGUGUGCAACGCGCAUGCGGAGCCGCGCGGCAUGGAUUCAAAGGGGGCCCAUAAUAUGCCGUUUUUCGUGGGUUUGCGGCGGCGCACGGCUUGGAGAUUCCUGGAAGUAACUGCCCCCCCCUGCUUGCCGUAA